AUGUUCCCUUGGUCUGCCGUGUUCUCCGCUGAGCCUAAAGUGCCGGGUCAGCGCAGCCCCGAGGAGUUGGUCACCAACACUCUCAUGCUGGAGCUGGGGGCCCUGGUGAAGCGUACGGAACGGAUCCGCCAGGAGAGGGCGUUGGAGGUGCGCCGGCGCCGCGGCUCAGCUGUGGACUACAGCUGGCUGGCAGAACCGGCCCCGAAGCUGGCCUACGAGCUGUCCCCCGACGAGGUCCUGGAGCUGCAGGAACUCUGCGGCAAGAUCCCGCCUUCCCAGUGCGGACCCGUCAUCCAGAAGUUCAGGAAAUUAGUGACAGAGUUUGAGCCUGAUGUCCACGAGGUGCCCCGUCUGUUCCGCUCGGUGCUGCGUGAUAGCCUCGUGGAGGACGAAGACCUGAGCGAUGCUGAGGACAAGGCGCAAGCAAACCUCUGGGCCAAGCAGCGCAGCAAGAGCCUCUCCUUCGUCUCUUUCCGCUCUAGGUUCCGCAUCAAUCCCUUCAAGGGCGGAGCCCUAGGGGGUUCACGCGGGAACCUCCCAGAAGCGGUCACCUGGACGGAGGAGGAGGAGCCGGAAGGGGUACCAGCAGGAUUGGUCGCAGGAUCGAGGAGAGGGAGAAGUAGGAGCAUGCCAGAGAUUAGCCCACUGGAGGAGAGAGCUCAGAGCUGAAGCACGUACCAUGGGGAGCAACACCAGGGGGUGGGGGGUGCGAAAGAAUAAUUAAUAGCCAGAGACGGAAAGGCCAAAAAACACUAUGGCAAAGGAAAGGGAAGGAAAGAUGCAUUUGAAUUUAGUAUUUAGAUGUGAGCAGUCACACAAAAUGUAUUAUUCAUUGAGGAAAAACAAGAUGAUCACACCACACUGUCAGAGCACACAUCACCAAUGCCACAAAG